AUGGUGGUACUUUUGACAACACGUCUGACGCUCUUGAAGCUGUGGCUAAGUUGUUGGAAGGAGCUCCCAGCAAGGGUCUCCGUUGAUACAAUGAUUAUCCAAGCUAUUGGUCUGCUUGAUGAUCUUGACAAAGACCUCAACACUUACGCUAUGAGGGUUCGUGAAUGGUACGGUUGGCAUUUUCCCGAGCUUGCCAAGAUCAUAAGUGACAAUAUCCUAUAUGCUAAGUCUGAUAAAUUAAUGGGAAAUCGGGUUAAUGCAGCAAAGCUAGACUUCUCUGAGGAGUUGUCUAUGGCUGCUAAAUUAUGCUUACGUUAA